GUUUGGAUAUUAUGGGAUGGAAUUCCGAGCAGAAGAAAAUAAUGUAGUGCUAUGUUGUGGAAUCAUAGAAGUUUUGACAAGUCCUUUUGCGUAAUUGGUGUACUUUGAUGGUUUUUAAGUGUGUUAACAGUUAGAGACUCAAGAUGAAUGACAGACUUAUAAAAAAGACUCAGGAUUCUUUAGGCAAAUUGAUAAAGAAACCUCCGUUAACAGAAAAACUGUUAUCGAAGCCACCGUUUAGAUUUCUUCACGAUGUCAUGACUUCGGUGAUAAAAAAUACAGGGUUCAUGAAAGGCUUAUAUACAGAUUCAGAGAUGAACUCUGACAAUGUCAAGGACAAAGAUAGUAAAAUGGCAUUUUUACAAAAAUCUAUAGACUUUGUUGGCAUGGUCUUGGGCCGUCAGUUGGAUGCUAAACCAGUCAAAAUAGUAGCAGGACAUGAGCCAGAGAAAACCAACGAGUUUCUUCAAGCCCUUGCAGAGGCAAUUGGCAAAAAGGUUAAUAAUGAUGAAUAUGUAGAUAAAUUUAACAAAGGAGACAGAAAGCCAUCUAGUGGUAGGAAAGACAGAGGGAAAGAUGAGAAAAAGGACGAGGACAAGAGAAGUAAAGAUAGAGAAAGAAGUAAGGAUCGAGAAAGAAGUAGAGACCGGGACAAAGAAAGUGCUAAAGAAAAGUCUCGUGACAAAGACAGAGAUCGAGAUAAGGAGAGAGACCGGGAUAGAGACAAGGACAGGGAUAGAGACCGGGACAAGGAUAGAGAUCGGGACAGGGAUAGAGACAAACACAGGGAAAAAUCUCGAGAUAGAGAUAGAGACAGAGAUAGGGACAGAGAUAGAGAUAAAGAAAGAGACAGAGAUAAAGAUAGAGGAGACAGGCAUGAUCGAGAUAAAGAAAGAGAUAGGGAGAAAGAAAAAUCUCGAGAAAAAGAUCGUGACAGGGAUAGAGAAAAGGAGAGAGAAAAAGAAAAGGCAAAUGAUGAAAGUCGUAAAGAAAAUCAGGAGCCUAUAGUAAAUGGCACAACAGAAGAGACUCAGAAUGAAGAGGAACCUCCAGCACGCAUUCCAAGGCCAUCCUCGGCCAAAGGGUCUCGAAGGCGGCACAAAGAUGGCAGAAUACGGCUUAGCGAUGGGGAGGAUGGAGAUGAGGAAGAUGAGAGAAUGAGACAGGAGAAACAGAAGAAAGAGGAAGCAGAGACAAAUGGAAGCAUGAAUGAAGCUGAUCUACCGCCCCAAGUUGCUGCGUCACGUAAAAUGGCAAGACCCAGCAGUGCUAGACCAGCGCCCCCUAGAGUGAAGAGACAAGAAGCUGUGACAGAAGAGCCAGCUAUGAGAAUUGGCAGUGGCAAGCCUGUAUCUAACCUCAUUGUGGAUGAUGGCGGAGAUGAUGAUGAAGAUGACACAUUUGUCGUCGAGGACUCUGCCCCUCCACCUCCAAUUGACCUUGACCCACCUACCUCCUCCCAAACUGAGGCUGAGACAGACGGUGAGCAUGGCGGUCUUGUGAAGAAGAUCUUGGAGACGAGGAAGGAGCUGGAGGGAGGCAGUCAGAUAGGACAGAAAAAUCAGACAGUCAAAAAGGAACAGGAGAAGCCUCUGAUCUCAGAUGCAGCCAGGAGAAAAGAACGAGAGAUGGUACAAAAGGAAAUUGACAAGCUACGGGGAAGCAUUCAAACACUAACGAGAAGUGCAAAUCCUUUAGGUAAAAUCAUGGACUAUGUGCAAGAAGAUUUGGACUCCAUGCAGAAAGAAUUAGCAAUGUGGAAGAAAGAAAACAAAGAGCAUGCUUUGGCAUUAAAAAGAGAGCAAAAUAUCACUGAAUCUUCAAUAGAACCCCUCAAAGUCCAGUUGACUGACCUGGACGCUGCCAUCUCUGACCAGCUUGACCUUAUCGCUGCUGUGAAGUCCAAUAUCGCUAACAAUGAUGCUAAGAUAGCAAAGAUGAUGGUUGGAGUUACCAAGUCAUAAAAGCCCUCUGGUUAUUAUACUUACUUGGUUAUUUAUUUCAAUUCAAACACUUACAAUGAAUUGAUGGAUGACAAAUUAGUUAAAAAGGCGAAUAAUUAUUUUUAUUUCCUUUCGCCAUGUGGAGUCACAUAGCCAGUGGUGAUUGCAAGUCUGCUAGCAUGAGCCCAGACUCUUUUUCUGUUACCAUCUCUCACCUAGUGAUUAUGUUUAAAACAGAUCAUCUAUGACAUGGUAUUAUAUAUAUGUACGUAGCAAAAUACACAACACGGCCUCCGGUACAUCAGUCAUUUUGCUUAAAGUUGUCACCAAGUGUGAUAACAGGGGUAUUUUGAUAUUGAGUAGUGCUGAUAAUGCCUAUAUCAGUAAGAAACAAAUGAAGGCAGAAAGUUAACCUUGAAGGACUACAGCUGUUAAUAUAAAUAUGUUGAAAAGUAUGUUUGGUAAUUGUCUCAAGUAUUCUGUUAUUUUUUAUUGUUGUAAAAAAAAAAUCCCUAGAUUAUUUUUGUAGAUCUGUCAAGAGGACAAUUAUAUGUUGUUCUCUGCUUCAUACUGAGGCAAUUGUCUCUUCAUUUUGUUUUUAAUCAUUGUGUCAAGUUCUUUGUCUUUUAAGAGGUAAGAAGCAUAAUGGUUGCUCUUCUUCCAUUAAAAAAGAACAUGCUGGGUGUUUCAGCAAGGCUUUAAGUCAUGCUAAACUUCAAUUUCGGUGUUAAUUUCACUCUUCCCAUAAUGAUUAUUUGAUCUUCAUUUGAAGCAGCUGAUUAGAAAAACCGUUAUUCCACCAUUCCAUUCCAAACACAACUUGACUGCUUUUUCAACUUAAUAGAAUGUUUAGUGACAGGUAUAAGCGAUAAGUUGAAGUGAAAGAUGUUGAAGGCCAGACAAACAUAUCAAAAAUUAAGGUGAUACUUUCAACUAAAUGUCCUUUAGCAUUAAAAAUUGUGUUGUAUGCUAAACAGUAUGUAUAUAUAUAUAUGAGGCUGUUAAUGUAUUGCUAAUAAUUGGACUAUCAUUUAUAUUUAUGUACAUAGUUGUCAUGCUUUUUUAAUUUGCUGAGUGUCUACAAUUUGACAAUGAACUUUUUUUUUCAUUCCGUCCAUACAUUGCCCAAAGAUAAUUCAGAAUUAUAUAUUAUUAUACAAUGCAUGUUUUGUACAUUACAACUAUUUAUAUAUCAUUAUUCUUCACAAUUAUUGGAUCGUUUGUACUAUUUAAAUCUAAUCAAUUUCAGUGUGACAUAUUUGAUUUAAGAUAUUCAUCUAUGCUAAAAGUUACAGAUCAUCAAAUUGUAAUUCACUUGUGACAAUAAUUUAACCUUUUUGUUGGUAAUUGUAAGCCAACUUGCAAGAUCUAUGGUGUUGUGUACAAGCCAGAUAGAAAACACUUUAUCUUCAAGUGACACGAGAACAAGUGCCCUUUCUGUGUAAAGCUUUAAAUGUACAACUGACAAUGAACAACUACUGCAUUUGUAAAUGGGCAAUCUCAAUUUGAGAUAUUUAUUUCUUCAAUGUAUCAUUGCGAUACCUUUCAAAUUUUCUUUGCAAUAAAAACACUGCUCCAGUGGCAGUUGGAAGACAAAACUGGUGUUAAAGUUUUGCUGGCAAAUCAUUCUGCAGGCACCCUGAAGUUCAGAUGAGAGGUUGAGAUUUUUCCCCUGACUAUCAGCAAAUUUCCGACUUUUUAGGAGCCAAAAAUACCAGUGGCAUUGGCAGACCCCUGGACCUCAUGCCAUAUUUUUGGACUUUUUCACUGAAUGGCAGUCUCAUCCCUGCAGAGGUUAGUAGAAACUAAAUCUGUGAAACUUGGCAGGGGAGGGUGGGGAUCCACAGGGGACUUGUAAUAC